AUUUUUAUUUGACUUUUAUUAAUUCACUAGGGAGAUGGUACUCUAUGUUUAUUCCAUAAUAUUUCCUUUAUAUAUUGGUGCGGUUCUUGCCACCUUAAUAGUUCACUUGAGAGCUUAAACCUCUUCCUUUUUGUGGAGUUCCAAUGGAAGAAGACGAUCAGAAAGAGUUGCAGCUGCUUCCUUCUCAAAACUUUUCUUAUUCACACAUGUCGUCGCGGCCUCCAGGUUCUUCUCCGUUGAGGUAUCAAUCAUCAUCGGUGACUGUGUCUGGUGAUCAUCCUCAAUUUGGAGGGCCAUCGCUGGACUUGCAAUUAUCAAUCAGUCUUAGUCCAAUCCAGGCACCAUCUAACUGUGUUCUAGCAGCUCCCAUUUGUGAUUUUAUUGAUGGAAACAAAGCCGAUACGAGCUGCGUGGAGGAGAUGAAAUGGCAGGCGGCGGAGCAAAUUAGAUUGGCUGCCAUUGAAAAAGCUUAUGCAGAGAGAGUGAGGGAGCUGACAAGAAGGGAGAUGGAAUUAGCGCAGUCAGAGUUGGCAAGAGCAAGACAAAUGUGGCAAAAAGCUAGAGAAGAGAUGGAGAAGGCGGAGAGAAUGAAGGAGAGAGCCACUAGGCAGAUAGAUUCUACGUGCAUGGAGAUCACUUGCCAAUCCUGCAGGCAAAGGUUCAAGCCUUGAAUUAAUAAAUAUGCUUGUGAUGAGGUUUUUAAAUUCUUGAAGACAAGAUGAUAAAAAGAUCCUUCUCUGCAAUGUUUGAUUAUUUGGGUUUAUUGGAUUCCACAAUUUUUUUUUUCUUUGAAUGGAAAUAGAUAUGAAGACUAAUUUGUUUUAAUUUUUUUUCCCCAAUUGUGAGCAUUAAAUUAGUUGUAAUCAUAUAUA